CUGACAAUUUUCAAAAAGUUCCAACACCAUCCACCGCCUUAAAUUAAGUUGCUCCAUUUCACUCUUCCCUAAUCCCCAAACUAGAACAUACCAUAACUACCUUUCGUACUUACCUUAUCACAAGCGAGCUUUCUUUAGAAAUCAAUGAAGGGAAUUAGAGUGAAAGAGGAAGAAACAUUAGCAUAUGUCAGUGUUGUUGGUUCAACAUCUUCAUCUUCCUCUUCGUGUUCUAAUCUUACUCCAAAACCAAUGGAAGGGUUACAUGAAAUGGGUCCACCUCCAUUUCUCACCAAAACCUUUGAUGUUGUUGAAGAUCCAUCCACUGAUUCGAUUGUUUCAUGGAGUGGAGCUCGUAACAGUUUCGUUGUUUGGGAUCUUCAUAAAUUCUCCACUGCUAUUUUACCUCGUUACUUCAAACACAGUAAUUUCUCUAGUUUCGUUCGACAACUCAAUACCUAUGGUUUUAGAAAAGUUGAUCCGGAUCGAUGGGAGUUUGCGAACGAAGGGUUUUUGGCUGGACAGAGGAACUUGUUGAAAACAAUCAAGAGAAGAAGAAAUUUGACACAAUCACAAGCUAUGCAGCAAGAAACCGGUGGUUCCUGUAUUGAAUUAGGGGAGUUUGGUCUUGAAGGUGAGAUUGAGAGGUUGAGAAGGGAUAGGGCUGUUUUGAUGGCUGAAAUUGUGAAGUUAAGGCAGCAGCAGCAUAAUUCAAGGGAGCAAUUAUCUGCUAUGGAAGCUAGGUUGUUGGUUACUGAGAAGAAACAUCAACAGAUGAUGAAUUUCCUUGCAAAAGCACUCAGCAAUCAAUCUUUUAUACAACAAUUGGCACAGAAUAGAGAGUUGAAAGGCGUUGAAAUGAAGCGAAAACGGAGGCUCACAGCUAGUUUGAGUUUGGAGAAUUUGCAAAAUGAUUCUGGAGCUAUAAGGGCUGUGCCAAUUGAAUCUGUGGUUGAUUACUCUUGUCAAGAACAGCAAGAGGGUUUGACUACUAUUGAGUCUGAGAUGGAGACACUGUUAAGUGCUUAUGAUAAUGAAUCAAGCAGUGAAGUUAAGGACUACACUGCAUUGAGUUCAGUUCCAACUGGUAAUGAGAGUAAUUUGGGUGAUGCUGUGUGGGAGGAUUUACUGAACCAAGAGUUGGUGGGUGGGAAUCCAGAAGAUGAAGUUGUGAUUGGUGAUUUCUCUCAAAUUGAUGUGCCUGUGGAGGAUUUGGUAGAAAAGAAUGAUAAUUGGACUGUGGAUUUGCAGAAACUUGUUGAUCAAAUGGGUUUUGAACCUUAGUGAAAUCGUUUGUAGAAUUGUUAUCAUUGUCUGUUUGUCACUUGAGUUGCACCUUGCUGCAGGGAAGAUUGUACUGCAGAAGAGGCCAUCACAUGUGUAUCCUUUAUUUUUGAACUAAACAACAUAUUGUGGGAACAGUUUGAAUAAUUUGUUGUGCUAAAUAAAUAUUUCUACUACUACCAUACUAUUUCUUAUUCUGUCCUAAUGUUCUUAACUACAUUUUGCAGGCGUUGCCCAAAGUAAAGCAAAUACUAUUGUCAAGAUGAUUGAAUGGGAAAAGUUGGGCUUGUAGUCUGCUACUUUAUUAAACUGCCAAAUUGUGUACUCAGAGAGCGUGCAGUGUAACGUUGAUUGUUUUUACUAAAAAAAACACAUUGAUUCUUGAGCUGGUGGCUAGUUUUAUGCAUAACAACACAUCAUUUUUUACGACCAUUCAACAAACCCCAGACACCGUGACAGUUUUCUGAGUUUGAGCUGAUUUUGUUCCUCUUGGGAACUGUUUAUCUCUAAUGUAUCUUGUGUUUGUUCUGCUCCUUUAGACUUGUCAAAGAGGAUCCAAAUUUCUUUGACCAGGAUAAAUUCUGGUCUUUGGUUUUUGUGUGUUCUGUACAUUGUCCGCGUGUUAGAGCGGUCUAGGUGUAUUGUGCAAUUGUGCAGGUCUAUUAAUUAGCUGCAGUUUGCUUUCUUAGUUUCUGAUUGUUUUGUUAAUAUCAGCGGAGGAGGAUAUGGUGUUUACUGGAUUGCCUGAAUUGUAAAUCGAAUGGCUUGGACAAUACACCUAUUAAGGGUGUUGAUUGAUGUCAGUUUGCUUCAGUGCUUACAAAUGAAUAUGGUGGUCUCUGCUUUGUUGUUUUGCUGUUAGUGGAAUGGUGGAUUUGGCUUAUUCGUUAGUGUUUUCGUUUGCAAAUUGUAGUGCAAUCGAGUGAAUAUUGGUGAUUUGAAACUGCAGCUUUAUUUUUGAGGUGGCAUUGUGAAGUGAGUGUUGCUUGCUGGUGGACUUGUUGAGCCUUAGUUUUGUAUUUUUUACUUUGUAGUAGAGUCUCAUUGUUGUGUGUUGGUGUUUUCUUCUUGUAAACGGGGCCUGAUGUUGUGAUGGCUGUAAGGUGGAGUGUGUUGUUGGCCUGUAUAAUUAUAUGGUGAUUAGCUUCAAGAGGCAUUGGUGAUUGUAUUUAAGUGGGGGGUGUGUUGUUCCACUGCUAAAUUUCUUGUUUUUUUUCUUUCA